AAAAAGACAAGACAAGACUAGUCACAGAACCGCUAGCCCAGCUAAAGGCACGCUUUUACUUAUUUUUUUAGUCCUAAGUAGUGUGAGAUGUUACUAUCGAGAAAAUUUUUUGCAUCAAAGAAGAAAUGAAUGAACAGCAACGUUUUUCGUUGAUAACAAAUAAAAAGGAAAUAACACAAGACUUGCUUGUUGGUGAUGUGUUUUCGUACUUGCAAAGUAAACUUGCAAUAACCUUGGAAGAUGUAGAGCUAGUCAAGUCAGAGCCGACAUCUAAAAAAAAAUCUGAAGCUCUUAUAUCCAUACUGUUAUCAAAGAACAGAAACGUUUUUAAGCAUUUUUAUGAUGCUUUAAAAUACAGUGAGUACCACCAUCUUGCGGAAUUACUUGAAAGUGCUUUGGGUGACAAUUAUGUGGAUGUUAGUGAUGACAGCAACAGUGAAGAGGACUUACCUGACAUUGAAACAAUAUUACGAGAUGGAGGUGUUCCGCAAAUGCCACCAGUUUUUGUUAAGCGUCCAACUUGCUUACAAGAAGCACAAAAUGCAUUGUACCAAUUAAGAGAUGUAGAUGGCUGGGUGGUAUUUCAUGGCAUGGGUGGCAGUGGAAAGACAGUCCUAACUGCAGAUGUAUUACAUGAUGAAGAACUAGUACAUACUUGUUUUCCUGGUGGAAUAUUCUGGCUUACUAUAGGUCAAGUAGAUGAAGCAAAGUUGCUUAUGAAAAUGCAAAAUCUAUGCUCUUGGUUAGACCCAGAUAAAGAUUACACUAUAUCGAGAAAUUUAGAAGAAUCUCGCGACCGGUUGCGUAUUUUAUUUGCUCAUGAGCAUCCUCGUAGUUUGCUUGUGUUAGAUGACCUGUGGUCAGAAACUGAUGCAAAAUAUUUUGAUGUGAGAGUACGAACUUUAGUAACUACAAGGUACUUAUCUGUUGCAAGCAAAAUUAAUGGACUUGUUAUAAAAGUUUCUAUCUCAGAAAGUUUGAAUACUCUUCAGAGUCAACAAAUUUUAGCUAAUUGGACAAAUCUUGAAUUAAAUCAACUGCCUCCUGAGGCUAAUCUGAUUAUUUCUGAAUGCAAAGGAUCACCAUUAGCUAUUUCAAUGAUUGGUGCUUUGUUAAAAGGACAUGGCAAUCGCUGGGAUUAUUAUCUUAAACAAUUAGAACACCAAAAAACAAGUAAAGUCAAAAGUAAACUAGCGUAUCAGUAUCAUUCAUUAUAUGAUGCACUCAUGGUUAGCUUUGAUCAUUUGACAGAAGAAUUGAAGAAAUUCUAUUCAAUGUUUGCAGUUUUCUCAGAGAACAUUUUAAUUUCAAUCAGUGUAUUAGCAGUGUACUGGGAUUUAGAUGAUGUCGAAGUAGAAGAUAUAUUGGAUGAACUGUUUGAAAGAUCUCUUUUACGUUUUGAUUCAAGUUCUGGCAAAUAUAGUAUUCAUGAUAUUCAGUUAAGUUUUUUAAAAGAAAAAACAGAACGAGAUAAAAAGCUUAAAGGGUAUCAUGCUUUACUAGUAGAUAGGUUUUCUUCAGCCUGUAAUGGUAGUUUUCAUAUAUUGAAAGAUGAUGGAUAUAUACAUUGGUAUUUGAUUUCUCACUUGAUAAACGCUGGGAAUUUAUCUCUUGCUAUUAAACUGCUGAAUAAUUUUUCCUGGAUUGAAGUCUCUAUUUCUGUAACUGGUCCUGCCUAUCUGAUUAGUUCAUUUGGUCAAGUCAUAAAAGAAAUUAAAAAUGAUAUUGAAGCGAAGAGAGGUUUAUGCGAUAUCUCUCAACUGAUCAGUAUGCAGUCGCAUGUUUUAUCCUCAACAGCGAAGACUGAUUUUACUCAGUUAGCUCUCAGUCAACCCACAUCCUCAUUUAUUUACCAGUUAGCUUUAAAUAAUGCUACCCAAAGCUUAAGAAACCAAACUUCUAACACAAAAGUGUAUUAUACCUGGCUUAAUCGACCCAAUCAGUUAGAAGCUGGAUACCUCCUGACAUCUCAACUCCAUAAAGGGCCUGUUAAUGCUUGUCAAUUUUCACAUAAAUUUGGUAGUUCUGUAGUGGUAACUUGUGGAAGUGAUAAACGUAUUAAGAUUUGGAACAGUAUAACAGGAAAGGAGAUUUUGACACUGGAGGGCCAUGAAGAUGUCGUUAAUUUUUGUGAGUUUACACCAAGCGAUGAGAAAAUCAUCUCUUGUGCUGCUGAUAAUACAAUCAAGGUGUGGUCGGUUGCUUCUGGUAAGGAACUGUUGUGUUUACAAGGCCACAAAGAUGAUAUUUUGUGUUGCAAGUGUUCAAACAAUGAAAAAUACAUCGUCUCAGCAUCAAUUGAUACAACGGUAAAAGUAUGGGACAUAGCUACUGGUCAUUUACGUAGCACAUUACAAGACCAUACUGAUGUUGUAAACUGGUGUUGUUUUUCACCUAAUGAUAAAUAUAUUGCAUCUUCAUCAAACGAUUCAACUUUAAAGAUUUGGGAUGCUGAAACAAGUGCUUUACUCUUCACAUGUGGUGGCGAUAAAGAUUUUAUACCGUUUUGUUUAUUUUCACCGGAUAGCAAAAGUGUUUUUUCUGCAAGUCAACAAUUUGUUCAGAAAUACUCUGUAACUGAUGGAUCUCUGAUGUGGAGUGUGACCACACCUUGUGAUGUUCUCUCCAUGGCCUAUUCUCCUGAUUAUAAAUACUUAGCCUUGGCUCACAGUGAUAUGGUAGCACGUUUAUACGAUGUGCAAAAUGAGGUAUUCGUUCAAACGUAUGCUGGUCAUAGUAGUUGGUUAAAUGAUGUCAGUUUUUGCAGUGAUGGUCAAAGCAUCGCCACUGCAUCUGCGGACGGAGUUUGCAAAAUAUGGGAAGUGAAACCAGGUACAUAUACCACAGAGAAGUUGCGUAAAAUAUUUGACGUCAGCUUUUCUGAUGAAGAAUCACCGACCAUCGUGGCUGCUACAAAUAAAAAUCAAGUCAAAUUAUUUCAAGCGAGCUCAGUGCUAUCAGAAAGUGAGAAAUUCGACGUCAAAAUAUCCGUGUGUAUAUUUUCUAAAGAUACAACGUCAGCUGCGAUUGGAUUUUGCAACGGUGACAUCGCGAUUUUAGAAUGUUCAACAAUGCAAAUGAAGCUGCACUUAAAAGAACAUCGAGGCAAAAUCACAAGUUUGUGUUACGGAGACAAAAUCUUGCUUUCUGCAUCUGAAGAUUGCACAUGUGCUGUAUGGAGUUUAGUAAAUGGAGAAGCCAUUUGCAUGUUUCGCACGCACAAAGAAAUUGUAACAAAAUGUUUGCUUUUCGAUCAGGAUAAAAAGGCUGUUUCGUCAUCCUUUGAUGGUUCAAUGUUGGUAUGGGACACUGAGACAGGUGAUAUUUUGUUUACCUGCAACCAUGACGAUAACGCCGUGAUGUCUUGUACAAUCUCGCAUGAUGAAAAAAUUCUGAUUUCUUGUUCAGCAGAUUCAACUUGUAAGUUAUGGCGUUCUCAUGACGGUUCACACAUUCUUACGGCUGACGAUCACAAUGACGUCAUUCGUUGCGUGGAGUUUUCCAACGACUGCACCAUGUUUGCUACCGGCUCCGACGACGGCAGUGUGAAUGUAUGGAGAACAACAAAUGGGGAGCUAAUAUGUGAAUGUGUGUCACAUGACAUGUGGGUUGUCAGUGUCAAAUUCAACCACACCAAUGACAUGAUCAUAACUGUUAGCAACGACUUAAAAUGGUUUGAUUUAAAGGGCAAUCUACUUCAAACAUACAAAAUUAUGGGAAGUUACUUACGCUCACUGAGUUGCACAGCAAACUUUGAGAUUUGUGUAACUAUUGACAACUUGGGUUAUUUAUAUAUUCUGAAGCAACUGAAAGCAGCUGGAGAAGAAGAAGAGGAAGAAGGUAGCUGAGAAGCGCAGUGAAAGAGGUUGUUUCAACGCCGUUUAUAUUUUACUAUUACCGAUUGGUUCAAUAUCACUGUGUAGUUUAUGUCGCUUUUAAUCGUCGUCGUAGCAGUUUUUGUUGUUGUUUUUUGUCUUCGUUAUUGGCGUCGUCGUUUUUUAUUGCCGUUGUUUUUGUCGCACUUGUUGAUUUCGUCGCCGUCGUUGUUAUUGUCGUCGUCGUAGUUAUUGUCGUCGUCGUUGUUUUCGUCAUUUUUUUUCAUCGUCGUUGUUGUUAUCGUUAUUUUCGUUGUUGCUGUUUUUAUUGUUUUGGGUGUCAUAAAAAUUGCGUAGCAUUAAAGAAGUGGUGGGUAAAGGUCGGGUUUUUUUUAACGCAAAAAUGGUUGAGCAACAGUUGUACCAUAAUAACUGUUAUAACUUCAAUGAAAACAUGUUGUGCAACACAAGAGAUGUUGCAUAACAAAUGUUCCACAAAAACUUUUUGCUUGACAAGACUUACAAAAAAAGCUAGUUGGCGUUACUAGGCGUUGCUACCUUGAGAGGAUUAUUAAUGCUGGAUUUUUUUUGCGAAAUUUAUUUUUGUGAUUCAAUAGCAAAAUAUAUGAUGUUUUUAGGACUUUAUUUUUACAAAUAGGAUUCCCUAAAGUAUCUUUGCGGGAUCUAAUUCUACGAAGUUGAUAUCAGAUAAGCACUUUGCGGCUGAUUGUUUUGCAAAUGGGCGUUUAUCAGGAGACCGCCAGGGCUAAGGAAAAUUUAAUCCUGCAAGAUUUAAUACAACAGUAAUUUGUCCUCUUUGCAUAGGUGGUAGAAAUUCAGCGAGUUCAGAAUUAUGUAAUAUUUGGAUGUCCCGUUGUCGUCGACGUUGGUAUUUUUGUCGAAAUUUUUGUUGUCGUCUUUACAGUGUGCGUAUGAUAUGGAACAUUCAGGUUAUUUAUUUUUUAUGAAACUGUAUAAUAUCAUUUUUUAACCAAAAAAAUUACAAUUUAGUUCA